AUGGGGACAGUAUCAACCUACAACAUUAUCUCUCGACGGAGAUAUUCGGAUACCUCCUGCACCCAGACAUACCUGUUUCGUCAUAGAAUCGUUCUCACUGAUCUAAGUGGUCGCCUUCCUCCGUCGGUACAGCUGGAUGCGUUUGAUUCCUUAUUAGCCACCUUUCCGCCCAAACAGCCACUCCCUCGCAAUGUUGGCCUGCAUCAAUGGGAUAUGGAAACGGACAUUCCGAACGGGCUUGAAGGUGUAUACGACAUUGUAAAUGUUCGCAAUGUAGUGUUUGUGUUGUCGGAUGAGGAGAUUGAGAACAUUCUCAAGCCCGGAGGCUACAUUCAACGGGGAGAAGUCGACAUCCACUCCCUGCGCAUCGACCAGAUCAACGAAGAAUGCAGCACCUCCGCUGUUGAGGAAUUAGUACGAAUUACUCGCUCCGCUCUCCCCAGAUUGGUGCCUCACUGGGUUUUUGAGCUCCCGCGGUUAUUCGAGAGCACUGGAUCGGUGGACCGUUUGCAGGGGAUAUUGCCGGAGGUUUUGAAGGAGACUUAUGAUGGGGCGUUUCAUGCCUGGACUAGAUUGACUGUUGUUGGCAGGAAGCCUGAGUACGUAUGA